GCGAGAGAAAAGGUGAUGUGUCAGAUUGCCACAUAACAAAUUGGCCACUCAGAAUCGUAUUUUUCUGCGGAAUCGUUUGGCCCGGAAAAACGUAUAAAAAAGUGUUUUGCAGCUUGAAAUUCGUCCCGGAACAGUGGUGCUAUACGCAAUGGCAGAAACGCCUACCGAAGCAGGAUUAUCACCGGGAGUCGGCAGCAUCCGGGAGGCUCCGCAGCCAGACGAAAUCCCUGCCUCCAAUGUCAGAUCAAGCUUAGCGGAGCUUGAAACCCAAGCCUCACAGGUGCUGAAUCGGUUGGAGUAUGUGAAGGUGGCCCUAGAGCAGCAACAGCAAAAUCAGUUGUUUCAGCAGAUGCCGGUUUCUCCGGGAUUUCUUCAGCCGGAUAAAAAACCAACGGCAGAAAUUUUAGCCAGUCUGGAAUCACUGGUAUCUCAGCUGGAUGUGGACGAUGAACCGGAAUUUGUGCUUCCGCAGCUGGACGAUUCCUCUCAGUUGGCGGUCAUAAGCCAUUCGAUGGGUGCUUAUUUGUCGUCCCUGGAAAGGCAACAUUUAAAUCGGUUCGUUUGCAAAAUCGUUUCCGAUACUAACCGCUGGCUGAGUCACAUGUUCCGAUUCUUGGACUGUGGCACCAGCUACUAUCGGGACAGCGCCGAAUGUAUCCUCCAUGCGGUGCGCUUGGCCAUAGCAAUGCGCUUUCCCGAGUCUACGGAAAACCGCCUGACACAAUUGCAGAACGCCACCAUUUACAUUUCCGAAACAAGUUCAUUGUUUGCGCUGCAGAAUACAUGCCGCUACAUUGGGCUCCCGGUCACUAACAUACGGGUUGUGCCGUGCAACACAAUGUUCGGAGUGCGCAGUACCAUGGAUUCAUCAGAGCUGCAAAAGCUUCUGACCGCCGAUGUUGAGAGCGGCAAAAUUCCCCUUUUUAUGAUUGCCGAUCUGGGAUCGUCAGUUUGCGGUGAGGUGGACAACUUAGCCGUAAUACGUAAUAUCUGUAGCCUAAACAACAUGUGGCUGCAUUGUCAGGGCCACUGUCUGGCCGCUUUGGCCGUCACAAAGGGCACAUUGACCGGGACAAAAUCAAUCCCCGACUCGAUUACCUUGAAUUUGGGCAACUGGCUCGGCAUCACCGGUUUGCCGUGUGUCCUGAUGUAUCGCCAAGUUCCGGCCAGCGCCCUUACGCUGUUUGAUUUGGAUCCCAUGCUGUCCAAUCGACUAAGUGCGCUGAGCCUGUGGACCGUAAUGCAAACGAUGGGAGUGGACGCUAUCAGCGAACGGAUUUUCAUGGCAUUCGAUUCCUGCCGCCAGGUCUACGAAGUGCUGAACAAGAUCGAAGGAGUGCGAGUUUUGAGUAAAGCACCACGUCAAGAGGCAGGAAAAACUUUCCGAGCGCUGCUGAAUAAUCCGAUCAAUUAUUGCAUAUUAUUCGAUACGGCUGUUCCCGUAGUUGUGUUCCAGUUCGAUGGAAGCACUUCUAGUGAUGUGGUUGGAGGCGCUUCCACAAACACAGCUGCUGCUUCGGCCAUUAGAGAUGGUGCUAAUAAUUCAGGCACCGAAGCCAAACCAUCCGCUUCUCUCGAUCCCGUGACAAAGUCCAUCGAAAAAGUUUCCAACGCAUCCUAUUACGAUCGGCUUAAUGGAUGGUUGGGACAGAUUCUUUUGCGAGACUGUGCUCAGCUGAAUUUGGAAAUCAUCAAUCAUCCAGUCUACGGAACCUGUAUUAGAUAUUCUCCCUUUUCGCCCGGAUAUGGAGACCUGCUGCCGCUGGACGAGGCGAUCGAAAACGUUGCACAAUUUAUUGAUGCUCAAAUCGAAAUACUAAUGGCCACGGUACGACACAAAAGUCGGUUCAACCAGCUGGUCGAGGAAAGCACAGUUCUGCGGCUCAUCGAACUAAACGAUUGGGCAGGACUGGGCAGCGUUCGAUACGUUCCCGAGGGUUGGGAAACACUGCUUACCGAUCAGGCGAAAACCGAACUGAAUCGGCUCAAUUCGGGUUUGGUGGAAAUGCUGAAGGCGCACGAUGGAGCCUUUUCCCUCGGCGAAGGAUGCGAUGGGUUGAUUUGUGUGCGUUUCGGCAUGGUCACCAGUGAAACGGACGUUGAGGAACUCCUCGAUUUGGUCAUUCAAACAGGCAUGAAGAUACAGGAAAACUCCAAAAUCCUCGACACCAUGUCCGAGAUCGUUCGCAAGGGCAUCGAAGCGGCGACCCAGGAUUUGCAGCGCGAAGCCGAGGAAAAGCUGUGGCAGGACGGCAUACUCCGCCAGGUUCCACUGGUUGGACGGGUUGUGAACUGGUGGUCCCCGCCGAUCAAGGAAAGUGGCGUCAAGGGCCGCAGUUUGAACCUUACCCAAGGCGUGGUUGAAAGCACCGAAAACAUCUACAAAUAUCACAUGCAGAUGCACGGCAAACAAACGCAGUUCAAAGGAAGUAAAAAUCCUCCGACCCCUCUGGUCCAAACGCCCAUCAGUGCGGACAGCAAAAGUCUACAUUCCAGAAAUGCUAGCUCCAGCAGCCAACAUUCGAACGGAACGGUCGAUAAAAGUGUGGCGCAACAACAACAGCAGCAGCACAAUGGCCAACAGGCGGCAAUGGUUGCAGAUGAUGUACCCAAUCCAGCUUCAGUGAGCACCUAAAAGGCCACCCACACAUUUACAAACACAAAGAUCAAAGUCAAGUUAUCUGUUUUCCGACGCAGGAAAACUCAGUCUGUAUUCCUUUACCCUUUACCUUUUACAUUAAAUUUUAUGGGCAUGUACCGUACCUACAUAUAUUUUUCCAUUCGCCUGAAACUGUUGUCAACCAAAGCCAUCAUCCGAUCUUUAGAAGAGACGCCUAACUACGUAGCGUGUAAGUCCUUUCGAAAUGUAAACUGUUUACCUUCUGUGAGACUUAACACUAUUUAAAUCCAAACUUUAGUGCAUUUCUUUAUUUUUGUUCGUUUACCCUAUUUGUAAGUCCAAUUGAUUUAUACUGUUAGAGUGAUAGAUAUCUGUUUAGUGUUACAGAGCCCGAUGGAAGAAAAAAAAAGUUUUAAAAGCAUUACUUUAAUUAUGGUAAUCUAAUGUUCAGUAAAGUUUAGUGAACAAAACAGCACCCCGUCUACUGCAAUAUUGGCAAACAGUUGUCUUAUAAUCUUAUUUAUUUCAGUGAAGAGCUAGGCAAUAUUCGAAUGUGCAUUCACCGAAAGUACGAAUAAUUAUUUUAUUUUGGCACAAAUACAAUCGCCCAUUUGA